AACCUCGCGUGGGGGCGGGCCUUAGCGGUGAUCUACUCUGAUUGGAUAGUGAGUUUUUGAUUUCCACAACACUAGGUGGCGGUAUGCAGCUAUGAAGUUGGUUCGCAACCCGCCAUAAAAUCAUAAGAAGAAGCAGCUACAAACGUCACUCAGUUUGCCGGCGCAUGUUUGAAAGUUGUCGCGGUGCUUUGUAUUAAAUAUGUGAAUAUUUGAACUUCGUUCGUGUCUGUAACUUUAAAGAUGAGCUCUCAGGAGAGACACGGAACGGCAUCAUCUUCCUCCUCCGCUGGUUCUUCAAGGCAGCUUGAAGUCUUUCCCUGGAUUUUUUAAGCGUGGUUCAAAGAGACGGCUACCCAGCUGUAGCAGACCAGCAAAGUUCAACAAACUAUGGAAACCUUUUGUGUUUUCAGUGUUUCUUUUAAACAAAAAUUUAGACAUGGCCCCUUCACCAGCUGAUGAGGUGCAGCUUUUGCAAGCUGGCUUAGGAAAACGGAAUCUUACUAUGCCUGAAGAUUUGACACAUUCAGAGGUCUCUAGCUUGUUCGGUGAUGCAUACCCAAAAAUGAAGUCAGCAUCUGGAGGCUGGCUUCUCUACAAAGCAACUGGUGGACAGGGAAGAAGACGGUUACAUCUAGUUCCUCCAGAGUCUGAAGGCUACUGUGGUAGCACAAUUAGAAGUGCAACUGGAGGGGGGAAAACAAUGUUGUACAUUGUUCCAAUACAGGAUGAAUUUGACCUGUCCCCUCUACCAUCUGAUGCCGAGGAGUUCUCUCAGAUGCCUAAAGCAGAAUGUAAGAAAUGCUCCAAAUCUAUGCCACUACAGAUUCUUGCUCUGCACGUAAAGGAAUGCAACACGGCAGAUUAUGAGACACUUUCUGACCCAGAAUCAGAGCUGACUAAUCUACCUCCUGAUUCACAUGAUUUACCUUCUGAUAAUGAAGAAAAGUCAGAAGAGGCAAAGUGUCCUGUUUGUAUGCAAAGUUUUCCUGUAAAGGAAUUGGAGCUACAUGCAAGUUUUUGUGGCGAUUUAGAUAGUCCUGUUGGCCCUCUAAGCCCUGAUAUAAUGGAGCCACAAAAUGAAGAAAUGUCAAGUGAAGAUGAUGUACUGCGGUGGCUGGCUUCUCAAGUUGACACCUCCAAAGAGUUUAGUAUCUGUGUAUCUAGAGUAAAUCUCUUAGAAAGAGGUAUGUCACUGUGGAAACGACAAAAGCUUAGCUCCCCAAUCCACACUUUAAAGGUGACAUUCAUGGGAGAGGCUGGUGUCGACACAGGUGCUCUCCGCAAAGAAUUCCUGACAGAAAUGAUUAGUGGCAUAGAGACUCGUCUCUUUGAGGGAGAAGAUGGUCAAGGAAAAUUUCCCAAGUACUCAUUAAAUGACCUUGACAAUGGCCUGUUUCGAGUUGCUGGGGAAUUAUUUGCUGUGAGUCUCGCGCAAGGUGGUCCAGCUCCACGAUUUUUACAGGAGUGGUGUUACAAUUACCUAUUAAGUGGAAAUCUUGAAAACAUCAUCAUGGAAGUUAAUGACAUGGAAUUUUCACCACUGAUUAAAACGAUUGAGGACACUGCAGACCUGUCGAAUUACAGUGAGCAAAUUAUGAGCUGUGGCUACACUGGCCCUAUAAAUGACCAAAACAAGGGGAAUAUAAAGAGGGCAAUUGCAAUGCAUGCCGCUGCGCGAAGAACUCUAAUGCUUCAGCAGCUCCGUGAGGGCCUCCAACUUUACCGUCUGUUGGACAUCAUGAAGAAGAACCAACAAGUGUGCCGUGGCCUUUUUGUUUUUGAAGGUGGCAAUGAUCAGGUGGACUCUGAUUACAUUGUAUCACACCUUGACCCACAAAUGAGUGAAAGUGGCAGUCUAAAGCACAUCAAAGAAAUGCAAAUCUUAAAUAAUUUCCAGGAUUUUCUAAUGGAACUUGAAGAUGGAAAUUCUGCUGAUGAGGAGGCACUUUCUGUGUCGAAAGUCAUGCAGUGGCUGUCUGGUCAAGCACACAGACAUUUGCUUCUUUCAGAGAGACAAGCUUUCAAAAUCACAGUUCUAUUUGACCAUACAUGCAUGGCACGUAUGCCAGAACACAAAAUUUGUUACCCUGUUGUCAGUGCAUGCACCCACACAAUCACAAUUCCCACUGCACACUUUGCAAGUUUAAAUGAAUUUAAAGAAAACAUGAAAAUUGCAGUGCAGCAGGGUGCUUGCUUUUACAGGGUUUAGAACAGAUUUGUUAACACUCCUUCUUUGUUUUUUUUUAAGGUCAGAGACAGAUUACAUUUCAUUAUCACUUCAUUUAUUUUCAAAAGAAUGGCUAACAAUUUUACAAAGUUUUACAUUUGCGCCACAUUGUUAUGAAGUUAGUAAGUUUUAAAUUUACGCAACAUUGUUAUGAAGUUAGUAAGUUUUAAAUUUGCGCAGCAUUGUUAUGAAGUUAGUUCUGUCAG